GUCGCUGCCAACGCCGACGUCGACGUCGCUGCCAGCGCUGACGCGGACGUACGCUCGGGUUUAUCGGCGCGCUCUGCCAGCGUCGCGUAUCCGUACGGUACUCAGUCUUGCGAAGACAACCGGCAGAUAGAGACGACACCAAAUCAAAUAGAAAUCAAAAUACAAACAAAAUACUAACAAAAUAUUAUUGCAGUGCAUAAAUAAAAUAUACAAAAAAAAAUAAAAAAAAAUAAUACUCAUACGCAACGUGGGCCGCGCUUUGUAAUCAUGUCGCGUCGUGGCGUGCGGCCCCUCGGCAAAUGUAUCUGAAAGUGCAUUUUAUUUACAAUUUGAAUUUCGUGUGCUUUGUUUUGGCUUAGAGAGAAACGCGUAACAUGUUAUUCGAUCGUUAUAUUACAUCAGGCUCUAACGGCGACGACUACGAUCCGAGCGUCGUGCGCCAUCAUCAUCAUCACCAUCAUCAUCUGGAUCUCGGCGGCGGCGCUGCGACGGCCUUUGGUCAACUGCCGCCGGCGCAUCUGAGGCCCGAGGACACGUUCGCCCGCCACCUGCCGCCCACGAUAUCCCCGCCGUCAGCAGCGCUGCAGCAGCAGCAGCAGCAGCAGCAGCAGCCGCCGCCGCCGCAGUUGCCGCAGUUGCAGUUGCUGCAACGGCAGCUGCCGCGUUCGCCGCCCGCCUCCGCCUCUGCCUCCGGUUCCGGUUCCGGGUCUGGUGCCGGCGGC